AUGUACGAUCUCGAUUUCGACAACCAAAUAUCCCGGAGUGAGCUGCUGGGUGUCUUGCAAAUGAUGGUGGGGGCCAGUGUCACCACGGAGCAGAUUAAUAGAAUCGGUGAACGGACUAUGGCGGAAGCGGACGUCGACUGUGAUGGAUACAUUAAUUACGAGGAAUUUAAAUCGGCUGUGGAAAGUGUGGACAUUGAAAACAAGAUGAGCAUCCACUUCUUAGAUUAA